GAAUGUAGGUUGAAGAAGGGUGUACUGCAUUGUCCUGGUGUCUUGCAGAAAGACGUCUUGCAGGGCUAGAUGCACUAUGAAAAAAAAAAGGACAAUACGAAGAAAAAAUAACCUAAACAUUGCAAAAACAUGCAUAUAAAUAGCAGCUACUUUUACGCAGCUCCUAAAGCAGUUAGUAAGCAGUCUUCGUCUGGUAGACACACGGUCAGCCGCUACGUGCUCCGGGCCAUCAGACUCAUCAGGUCAGAACACAGCACUUCCCGCUUCCGAGCGAAACCCUACAGAGCUGUUGUCUAAGGAGGAAUCGUCAAAAUAAUUUCUUUUACGCAUGCUUUGAUUGUCUCGCUUCGAGGAGGCAGCCAUGAUUUACGCAAGGUUGUCUGAGGUGGCAAUAUAGUUAUAGGCAUAACAUUCACAAGUGUGGUCAUCAAGUGUCAGGAAUAGCAACUAAAUGUUAUAGGACGAGUAUAGUCGUCGCAGAUUCACUGUGUGACAAAUGUUUGUUUAUGACGACUAUAGUCGCCAUCCGUUAUACUGGUACAAAAUUUCAUGACUAUACUGGUCAACGUGAGGUGAAGGGCUAACAAAGUCGUAUAAUACGUAAGAUACUGUCAUACUUAUUAAUUUAAAAGUCCCUCUGUUUCAUUAUGCCUCAUUCUCGCGGGUUACGAAGAUGAAUUUUUGUUUACAGAAUGCUUCAAGUAGUUAAUAAAGUAUAAAUUUAGAUGGUUCUUCUAAGCGAUUCUCCGUCAUUUGCUUUAGAGUAUCGCUUUGCAGAACAAAGUUCUUUUCGCCUAAUCAUUCAGCGUUCCAACAUGCCUAAUGUAUGAGUGAUCAGGGUUUCAAACGUACAGCAGCCUUGGUAGUUUUCUUUUUUUUGACCAGUGGAAGCAAUAGCUCACAUAUACAACUCCAACUUUAUACGACCACCAAGCCGGGUAGACAUUAUUGUGCUUGCAAGAAAAAAAGACUCGGUCAUUAAAAAAUUCAACAACGAUGCGUGCUCAUUAGACAACAUUGUGUACUGUUUUCUCAUGCAGGAGCAUGUUUUAACGCUGUUUUUAUGUGGAGCUACCAUCGCCACUGCCAUUAAGGGCGUAUUGCUGUUUUUCAUUCACGACUACUACGAAGGCGUCAGGCAGCAAGGAACGCUAGCUUCUAACGGCCUUGAGGACAUCUUUGAGAAGCAGGAACUUAGGCUGCCGGCUUACCCACAGCAUGUCCUACAGGACAGCAAAGACGACAAAGACGAAGAGGAAAACGAAGGCCCAGGGAGAGAAGCAACAUGGCCGGCUCUUCGUUUGUGACGGGAAUAUCCGGCUUUUGUGCGCUCUGUCAGGUCUCCUCACGUUCGCCGACAUCGCUGUUACCGGACUGAGCCUUUGUGGUGACCUCUUGCUUCUCACGUCUGCCGCGUCUCAGGGCCCUCAAAUAAACCCGAUGGGCACUGGCGGCUCAUUGAAUAAAUCCCUAAAUAAUAUGCUAUGGGGACUUUGCAUCAAGAUGUUCGUCGUCACCUACGACUUCUUCACGGCGCCUCUGUACCUUUACAAUUGCUACCUAGACUGCAUGAGGAGACUACCUAUAUGGAAAGAGAAGACAUGGCAAGACUAUCUUAAGGAAGAGAUUUCAACAGACAUCGCAUUAUUCGCGAUAAUAUUUCUAAUGGGCUCUCUGUUCGUCACUGCUAUUCUCACCUCCAUUAAGGUGGUGAUCUUGUACGUUAUACACGACUUCUACGAAGGCGUUAAGCAGCAAGGAACACUGAACUCCAAUGGCCUUCUGAAUGAUGAAGACAUGCAGCAACUGCGUGGGCAGGCAUUCACUCAGGGGAUGCCAGCCUUCUUGCCAAGCGGCAACAUGAUGGCACCGGGAGCUCCAAUGCAGGGCUUGUGCCCAACCGGCGGCUUGGUGGCGCCAGGAGCUUCGAUGCAGGGCUUCUACCCAGGCGGUGGCAUGAUGGCCCAACCAGCAGGCCUUGGGUACCCAGCCGGCGGCAUGAUGGCCCAACCAGGAGCCCAAGGGCAGGGCUUCUACCCAGCCGGCGGCAUGAUAGCCCCACCAGGAGCCCAAGGGCAGGGCUUCUACCCAGCCGGCGGCAUGAUGGCCCAGCCAGGAGCCCUAGGGCAGGGCUUCUACCCAGCCGGUGGCGUGAUGGCCCCACCAGGAGCCCAAGGGCAGGGCAUCUACCCAGUCGGCGGCAUGAUGGCCCAGCCAGGAACCCAAGGGCACGGCUCCUACCCAGCCGGAAGUAUGGGGACACCAGGAGCCCCGAUGGCGACUGGCGGCAGUGCGGUCGCUAACACUCAGAGUAAAUCCGACGCCGCUUCGCCCUCGCCAAAACGUCGCCACCACAAGGGCUCUGUCGCCAACAAACCGCACGCCAACUAUCCACGCAGCACGUACUAAAAGGCGCGCGCCAAGAAACUGGCUUAACAUGCGCAAGCCUUCUCACGCUGCUUGUGCGUGCAAGUUCAAUUUAAAACGCCUGCGCGGCCAUAACAACCACCAUUGUUCUU